AUGUCGGACAUGAUAUCCGAUCCGGCGCAAACGAUCACUCUCGCUCAACGACUUCACAGUGCGGAGAAAUCGAUUGAAUUCAUUCAGCGUGAACAUGCAUCCACUUUGACCAAUCUUCACGAAGAAAUCGCUAAAUGGCAACAAAAAUGCAGUGAUCUUACUUUUCAAGUAGCAAUCGGUGGCGGUACUGUACUGACAACAUCAGAUGAUGGUAAACUUCAAUCGACAAUCAAACAGCUUGAACGCGAAAUUCAUGAAUGCAAAGAAACAGUUAAACAUUUGAACACACUUUUAGAAGAGAAAGAAAAAGUCAUACAGGAUUACAAAAGUCGUCUACUUGUAAGUGAACGAAAUCAUACGCUUGAUUUGCGGUUAGAAACUGAUAAACAACGAGAAUUGAAAAUCGAGCUUGAAAAACGUUCGACAUUGAUCGCGCAGUUGACCAAUCAAUUACAUAGAGAGAAACAACAUCAACAGCAGUUACAAACUCGAACACGGCUGGGAAAAGUUAUUCUACCGAAUAAACCCGCGAAACUUCAACAUAUCGAUAUUUCUCAUCCAAUACAGCGUCCGCCAUCAAUCAAACACGUGUCCAACCGUUCGUCAUCGCUUCAUCGUGAUCACACGAGUCCGGAAACAGAUUCAACGAAACUUUUAUUUGUUAACCGACGCGCCCCAACACCACCGCAACAACUACGCCCAAUAUCAGCCAAAAGUGUUGAAUUUGAAAAAGAGCAAAUAUUUACUAACCGACAGCGACAAUUACUCAAUGAUUGUGCGGAAAAUACCGAAGCAUAUCGACGCUCGCCAACCAAAUCGGCAAUAAAAUUACAACCAAUUUUACCUCCGAUCAUGAAUCGAAAUUCGCCAUUGAAAACUCUAGCGACAACUCCGUUUCAACAAGAGGGUGAAGUUUAG